UAGAGCGCUUGCGCAAAAGAGACUCCCGGGCCUUUUAUUUCACGUAUUUGGCGUUUCCCGUCGGAGACCGGUCGCCCAGACGGAAGAGGAUGGCGACGGCCGCCGUAAAGAGAUUUUGGUCCCAAGCUUGGGGAGAGGCGGGUGACUCAGCGGCCGCGAAGCCGGGCGUGUGGGCGCGCUUUGGCAUCUGGGCCCGUGCCCUGCUCCGGGAUUAUGCUGAAGCCUGCAGGGAUACUGCGGCGGCUGCGCGGGUCCGGCCCGGCCGUGCGGCUGUGUACAUGGGGCUGCUGGGUGGCGCGGCGGCCUGCUGCGCGCUAGCGCCGAGCGAGGCAGCCUUCGAGGAGGCGCUGCUCGACGCUUCCGGGACCCUUCUGCUGUUGGCUCCCGCCACGCGCAACCGUGACUCCGAAGCGUUCGUGCAGAGGUUGCUCUGGCUGCGGGGCCGUGGUCGCCUGCGCCAUGUGAACUUGGGCCUAGGCUCACUAGUGUACGAGGCCCCCUUCGACGCCCAGGCCAGCCUUUAUCAGGCCCGCUGCCGCUAUUUGCAGCCCCGCUGGGCUGACUUCCCGGACAGGAUCCUGGAUGUGGGCUUCGUGGGCCGCUGGUGGGUACUGGCGGCCCGGAUGCGCGACUGCGAUAUUAACGACGACGAGUUCUUACACCUGCCAGCACAUUUGCGCGUCGUUGGACCCCACCAACUGCAUUCUGAGGCCAACGAGCGGCUUUUCGAAGAGAAGUACAAGCCUGUGGUGCUCACCGACGAUCAGGUGGACCAGGCUCUGUGGGAGGAGCAGGUCUUGCAGAAGGAGAAGAAGGACAGGCUCGUCCUGAGCCAAGCCGACUCAUUUGUGCAGUCAGAGGAGAUCCCAAGAUGAAACCGAGUGAGGUCUGGGUCCCUGCCAGGUUCUGAGUCCCGGCAGACUCUUCACCCGGGAUUGUGCAAUUGGUGUGAGUGUGCCUCAAAUGCAGAGUGACUGAAAUCAUUUAUUUGUGGAGUGUUCUACCUGGGUGUUUACAAAGUCCUGGGGCCUUGCCCCACUCACCUUUUUAAGAGAGAAAUUCAGUCUUUUUGGUCUAGGAGUUGGUGGGGGUGAGGGGACAGCACCGUAUUUAUCACUGCCAGAGCUAGUAAUGAGCCUUACACAUAAAUAAGCAUUCAUCUAUCUUCACACUCCCACUGACUGAGGUAUUACAUUUGUCAGGUGACUCUCAAACUCUCAUAAGAUCUUUCAGGUUUUCUUUUUAAGUUUUGAGCUGAAAUGUUUAACAUCUCUUUAAUUUUCAUGACUAACAUUUAAUUUUUUUAAGUUUUAUUUAGGAAUAAGUAUAGUCACAGAGGAAACUGGGGAAGUAAGACAGAAACAUCCUGUGUACACUUGACCCAUCUUGCUCCAAAUAAUAACAUUUUACAUAAGCAAUACCAAACCAGACGACUGAUACUGAUCUUACUUUGGAAUUUCAGGGAAACUUUGCAAAAACAGCCCGUUUUUAACAUGUGUAUUGAUAGCAGUGUUAGAGUGACUUAAAGCGGAAAGAAUUUUCUGAUCUGAGUGUCUAUGUGGAAGCAUAGGUUCUGGUUAUGUUACACCUAAGUAACCCUAAAAACAAUACUAUGGGAAGGAAUAUGUCACUGUACAAACAUGGUACUUAAGUGAGAGGAAUGAGAUGACCUUUGUCACUUAGGUGUUCUUUGGCUAGUUAAUAAAACCAGAAGCUGAAACAACCAUCUUUGUUGUGAUGUGUAUUGCCAUUCGUACUCUGUGUGCAUUGGGCACAUGGUGAUUUUCUAUUCUUAUUUUGGGGGCAGGGGAGCAUCUUAUAAAUCAACAUUUCCUGUUUUACAAAGGAAAAAGGUUCAAGCAUUUAUUUUUUUCAAAGUCAUGAGAGAUUACCAACUCUGAUUUAGUCCUCAAACUUGUGAUACUCUCUUCAAUCGUAACAACAACCUGUUAGAAAUGAUUAAAUAUUACUAUCACUGGCCAUAAAUAAACCUUGAAUAUAAAAAUAAAUGGUUAUAAAAAACCAAAUGCAAUGAGACAAAAGGCAAAUGACACUAAAUUGUAAUCCUACAUUGUUAAUUUGCCAAAGACUGUGGACCUAAAUCAUCACCUCUCUGUUAAACAGAUAACCAACUGCAGGGAAAGGUUUGAGACACGUUGGCAUCAAAGUGAGACUUGUUCUUCACUGUGAUCAGAAGUAUUGAAAGGACUGCAUAUCUUCAUUGUCUGAGGCCGUUUUGAACUGCCACUCAGAUUUCAAGCCAGGUGUAUCCUACGCAGACUUAGCUGUGACGCUCAGAACAGUGGUUGGCAACAACUGGCAAUGUACUAGGAGCAAUUUUGGGCUUUGUCAUAGCCUGAAGAACACAUGGCUUUGUCUUUGGCCAGAGGUUAAGCUUCUCCUAGAGAAGCCCUAUCAUGUUUUUGCCCCCCAUUCUAGUAGCUUCGGCUUCCAGGGUUUGUUGUAAGUUGUAUGGACUAGAGUUGUUAGCUAUGACGGGACCCAGGUGUACUUCAUGCUCUACCACUAAAGUGUACGUAGGGCCCCAGAGUGUGGGCCCAGGCUCUGUUUACUGCUGAGCUCUCAACAUUCCACAGUGCUCAGU